AUGGAGUUCUGGGGAGCUAAAGUUAAGGCAGGUAAGACUCUUAAAGUGAAGCCUGGUGAAAACUGCCUCAUCCACAUCUCUCAGGCUUCUCUUAGUAGAGCGAAAAACGGAAUAUCUGCCCUCUUGUAUGCCACCGUUGAUGACAAGAAACUCCUCAUUGGAACCGUCUCUAAAGACAUCAGCUUUGAUCAUCUCCUCUUUGACAGAGAGUUUGAGCUCUCCCACAGCUUGGACAGAGGAUCCGUCAAUUUCAUUGGCCACCAAGAGCUGCGCAACAAGAAAAAGAGGGCUAAUGAAUCUUCCAAAAUGCAUGUUUCCGUCAAGAAGUCAAAGCUCAACACAGAGAGUUCUUUUGAAGAGAUAACAAAGAUUUGUCAAGAUUUAGUACUUCUUCUCAAGUCCUUUCCAACAAAGAAGGAUAUCCCUGCGAUAUUUGACAAAUGGGCGAGAACAACAGUUUCUAGAUGGCCAUUAAAAAGAGAUUCUUGGAGGGAUACGCGACCUGAUAACAUUCCCCCACAGUAUACCCAAACUCAAGGGAACUGUUGGGCCAUUGCUUUCUAUAGACAAUGGUCCACAAUGGCGAAAUUAAAAGGAGCUUAUCGACCAAAAUUAACACUGGAUAAACUCAUGAGUGGAGUUUCUUUCCGCUAUCGGACUGGUGAUGGCCAAUUAAGAAAUUUAGAAUCUGCUGUGGAGUUCAUGAAAAAUGAACAUUAUGUGGAUGAAAUGUUUAUUCAUGUGAAGCCGUCAGGAGAUUCCGAAGAUGAGAAGUUUGAGCGAUUAAUUGAACAUCUUCUAUUAAAAGGACCAGUGGCCGCAUCAUUUGAUUACUUCCCAAGUUACCGUACUGGUGAAGCAAGGAUUCUAUCUCCAACAUUGACCGAGCGUCUUAGAAACCCCUAUGAGCAGAGUAGUAGGCAUGUUGGGUUGGUGAUGGGGAGUGGGAUUCAGUUAGUCAAUGGAGAACCUAAACACUUUUGGGACAUUUAUGAAUCUCGUGGGGCGUUAUGGAGAGAUUGUGGGUUUGAUAAACUGGCUCGCCAUGAGGGACUAAUUCGUGAAGCUACUGAGAUGAGACUCUAA